AUGCUUGAAAGGAAUACCGACCGCUUCUCGGAUACGCGUCGAUUGCCCAUCGAUCAGCCCGAAAUCAGCGCCUUACUAACACGAACGUUCCAUUACACAAUCAUGGCAAGUGAGAGCAGCUCAGCGGUGUUGGAGCUUAACGAUACAGACGUAACGGAGGAUACGGAGCCCCCAAGUGUUACAGAUGACAAUGAUGGUGCACCACUCAUAAUGGAACACGGAUAUGAUAUAGCUGUGAAGGUGGACGCUCCUCUGAAGCAGAUGUCAACAUUAGAAACUUUUGUGACAUAUCGUGUGCGGUGCGUGUGUGCACGAUGGCCGACGCCGAAAUUUGUACGGAGACGAUACAACCACUUCAGAGCUCUCCACAAGCGGCUGUGUGCCGGUCACCCGCUGAUAGCGGUGCCUCCGCUGCCGCCGCUGCACUCCGCCCGACAGCAGCUCGACAGAUACUCGCCCUCGUUUGUGUGCAUAAGGACACUAGCACUGGAUGCGUUCCUAGACCGCGUUGCGAAACAUCCGAUACUGACGCACAGCGAGGACCUGCGGUUGUUCCUCACGACGCCGGACGACGACCUCGGGCGGGUGCUGCGCCCCGAGGGGGGGCUCGCCCUGUGGGGCCUCGCCGCCUUCACGGGGGACAGGCCGCCCAACGGGCCCAGAGUUAGAUCGUUUUUGUUUCUUAAAAAUAGCGACUCGUCGGGGAUUUGUUUAAAAAUGUGUAUGUCGCUCGCUGGCCGCAGAGUGAAGGACCCCGAGUUCUCGCGCGCGGCGGAGUACCUGGCGGCGCUGCAGCACAAGCUGGCGGCGCUGGACGCGCUGGCGGCGGCGCUGCAGCGCGGCCACAGCGACGCGGCCGAACAGCUCAUGCGGUGA